AUGAGUUUCUUCUCCGCGUCAUCUCACAGCGCGGAGAACACGCCUUCGACGACGGCAGCUAGCGCUCCAACCACGAGCAGCCCGGAUUUUGACCCCGAGGCACACCCUAGUGAGACUACCUCACCAGAAACCACCCACGCAGGCCAAACGGCGUCUGGAAUGGCGUUUUCCCAUAACCCCUCCCCACCUUACGUGGGAUUAGAGACGAGUCCAGUGCAAUCCACAUAUCGGAGCUCGCGAAGCAUCCAGAGUGAUAACGAGCUUGACCUAUACGGACCCCUUGAUAUUAGGGGUUCCGUGAGGUCCGGCGGUAGCAUAAACUUCGACGGUGAUUUCAUCGUGCAAGAUACGAUCGAUGCAUACGGCGGCAUCAACAUUAAAGGCAAUGUUCGCAGCGAGGGCAGAAUAAAGGCGUAUGGCAACAUUGAUCUCAAUGGUUGCCUCCAAGCGAAGGAUAAAGUCAAAGGAUAUGGGAAACUGAGAGUGGUGGGAACCCUUGAGGGCAAAGAGCUCGAGAUCUAUGGCAAUCUCAGCGUCAACGGGCGCCUGCAUUGUAAACGUUUGGUUCUGUAUGGGUCGUUGACACUUAUUGGGCCCGGUUCAAGUUACCAUGUUGAAAACUCGGAAGAGGUAGCGGGGGCUAUUUUGAAACGUGAUCAAGAGGCUGAUUGGGAUUGGUGA